CCAGGCGGGCAAAGAGACAGUAUAAAAAGGGCUCAGAGCUCUAGGCUCCUCAUCAGCUCUCUUGCCUUCCUCCUCCUGGUGAACUCGGUUUGCCUCCAUCGCAGAAAGAUGACUUUCUUCCAAUACCAAUGUGAGGAUGACUGCUAUUCUCCCUGCAAUUAUGGGAGCCUAUACAGCUACCGCAGCUACGACUGUGGGAGUCCCUGUGGCUACCGGGGCUAUGGUGGCCUCUACGGCUACAGGGGCCUCUAUGGCUCUGGGGACCGGUACGGCUGUGGUGGUCUCUACGGUUACCGGGGCAUUUAUGGCACUGGGGACUGCUAUGGCUCUGGAGGUCUGUAUGGCGGCUAUAGGGGCUACUAUGGCAUUGGAGACUGCUACAGCUACCCAGGCUUCUAUUCUGGCCGCUAUGGCUACCCCUCCUUUGGUUCACGAUAUGGCCUGAGAUACGGCUAUGGGAGCUGCUAAACCCAGCCAGAACAUCCCUGAAGUGAAGAUCAACUCAGGCCCAGCAAGCACGAACUGAUGGUGAAUCUUGACAGCAGUGAUCACUGGUGUGCAGAGCCCUGGUGACAGCAGCCACCCACCCUUCAUGGAGGCUUUGAGUGUUCUGUUCUGCUGUUGAAGUGCUUGUGAUAAUUUAUCUUCUGCUCUGUGUGUGCUUGCUCUCUUGCCACCCAAACCCUCCUCUUGAUCAAAUGCUUCCUUCUGCAGUUCUUUGUGAACUGCUUUUCAUGUUUGUUGCCAUGAUGUACGCAAAACCUUAAUGCUGAUUGAAUGGAAUCAGCAGGGUGUAAUGUGUCUUCGGGAAUGCGGUCUUUCAGUUCUGUAUGCCUUUGAAAAUCUGUCUGCUUUUCACUCACAUUAAAAAUUAUGCUGCAUCAAUA